UGCAUUGAGUGCAUAAGCGCGCAUAAGUUUCUCGUGGACGGUGGUCGCUAUAUAUUUAAGUUUCUCGUCGAACACUUGUCAUUCUGAAUCGCCGCAAGGACGCUUGGAGGAAGAGAGAACCGUGUCGCGUCGCCGUUCGAUUACGUCGUCGCCGAAAUCCAUCGCUGAGAUUCGUCGCCGAGCAGGGUAAGAUAAGUCAAUUGAAAUGAGCACCACUGCGACGCACGUUUUCCACCUUACGUCCAACGCGUCGGAGCAUCUGUGCCGCUAUACUGCCGCUUCGUGUUAUUAUUGUUAUUGAUCGUCCCGCAAUAAUACGGGACGUGUGUCACACGGCGAGUGACUUUUCUGUAAUUAUCAAAGAAAUUGGCGUAUCGCAAAACGUUAACCUCUACUCAUCGCUCCGUGCCGGCGAUCUCGCGGUAUCUCGAGACUCGCUGAAAGGUGCGUUUACCUUUAGAUAUUUUUGCAGUAUCGUGAAUUGUAACGCGAAGCUCGUCUUUUGCUACCCGUUUUACCUCGAAACGCUAGUCGUCGAUCAUUUUGCGCGAAUUGUGCGCCGCAAAAUCCAUUCCGGAGAAAACUUAACCUAUAAGCAUCCCUCAUUGAGGUUACGUUUGUCUGUGUUGAUGUUUCACGGAUGUGAAAGAAUAUUUCUCUCUGAUGCACAUCUCCCGUCCACAUUUGACUAAAAUCUUCUGGGAUAUUCUGCGAUAAGUAUUCACAGUAAAUUAACUGAAGGAAAUCCUUCACUACCUGUUGAUGGCUGUUUGAAUGGCUAACUGAUUGCUGCCUGGUGCUAAUUAAAAAUCCUGAAUAACUGAAGAUAAGAUCAGCAUCUUGAGCAAGCAUGCCUACUUGGAAUCAGAUUCAGGCGCAGCUGAGAAACCCCAACAACCCGGUCGUGUUCUUCGACGUGUCUGUAGGCACCACGGAGAUAGGUCGCAUGAUCUUUGAGCUGUUCGAGGAUGUCUGCCCGAAAACGUCGGAGAACUUCCGGCAGUUUUGCACCGGGGAAUACAGGAAGGAUGGCGUGCCGCUGGGCUUCAAAGGUGCCAUUUUUCAUAGAGUGAUCAAGGACUUUAUGAUACAAGGCGGUGAUUUUGUCAACGGCGACGGCACCGGGGUGUUGAGUAUCUACAGCGGUGGAACGUUCCCAGAUGAGAACUUCACUCUGAAGCAUGACUCUCCUGGUCUGCUGUCGAUGGCGAACAGCGGCAAGGAUACCAACGGCUGUCAGUUCUUCAUCACGUGCGCCAAGUGUAAUUUCUUGGACGGCAAACACGUUGUCUUUGGUAGAGUUAUCGAUGGUCUUCUCGUUAUGAGGAAAGUGGAGAAUGUUCCUACUGGACCGAACAAUAAGCCAAAGAUUCCUGUGACGAUAUCUCAAUGUGGACAGAUGUAGUGAUAACUAUUUAUUUAGAUCUGUAUAUGAACUGAUAUAAUAAUUUGAUGGUUAUAAUGUAAUUAUAUCUGCAUAUAUCU